AUGGAGAAAAAAUUGAAUGCUUUACUUCUCCGCUCCUUAAGCACACAUGUCUAUAAUUCGAGCAUGGAGUUCAAAAUCCAAAUGUGGUGCAAAUGUCAGUUUUUCUUCAUUUGUUACCUUUCUUUCUAUGUCUCCAUUCAUCAUCAGAAGCUUUGUUUAUGCUUUCACUCUGUAGCACAAACCUACUUAUCUUUGGAAGAGAGCCAAGAACCCAAGAGUACAGUUUCUUUUCUCCUGACUGACUCAGAAUCCACAGACUCUUCUCUAUCUAUCGAAAAGAAACAACCUAUGGACCACAGAGAAACUGAGAGACAGUGGUUGCUCAGAAGAAAGCGAUCUACUCUGUUUCCUAAUGGUGUGAAAACCUGCCCAGGUGAAAAUGUUACAGAGGCUAUGGCAAACCAUGUGAAAUAUUUUAAAGUCCGAGUAUGCCAGGAAGCUGUCUGGGAAGCCUUCAGGACUUUUUGGGAUCGACUUCCUGGGCGUGAAGAAUAUCAUUACUGGAUGGAUUUGUGUGAGGAUGGAAUCACAACUGUAUUUGAAAUGGGCACACAUUUUAGUCAGUCUGUGGAACAUAGAAGCUUAAUUAUGAAGAAACUGACAUACACAAAGGAAACUGUAAGCAGCCCUGAAUUGUCAUCUCCAGUUCCUGUUGGUGAUACCUCAACAUUGGGAGGUGCCAGUCUCAGUGUUCCAUAUCCAGGGGUGACCUUCUAUGAAGGUAUCUCAGAGAGCAGCUUGGAGAGGCCAGAAGAGAGUAUUAGCAAUGAAAUUGAGAAUGUGAUAGAAGAAUCCACAAAACCAGCAGUGGAACAGGUUGCAGAAUUCCGUAUCCACCUUUUGGGGGAACAAUACAAUGAAGAACUACAGGAUCCCUCCAGCUUUCACCACCAGCGCCUUGUAGAAGAGUUUAUUUCAGAGGUGGAAAAUGCAUUUACUGGGUUACUGGGCUACAAGGACAUUCAUGUACUUGACUUUAGAUCCCCUAAGGAAAAUGGCAGUGGCAUAGAUGUUCACUACACCGUUACCUUCAAUGGUGAGGCCAUCAGCAAUACCACCUGGGACCUAAUUAGCCUUCACUCCAACAAGGUGGAGAACCAUGGUCUUGUGGAAUUGGAUGAUAAGCCCACUGCUGUUUAUACAAUUAGUAACUUCAGAGAUUAUAUUGCUGAGACACUGCACCAGAAUUUUUUGCUGGGGACCUCCUCUUUGAAUCUGGAUCCUGACUCCCUUCAGCUUAUUGAUGUGAGAGGAGUUAUACUUCCCCAAAGUGAAGACCAAGUUUGGAACACCCAAAGUUCAAGUCUUCAGGAAACCUUACCAUCUAUUCUGGAUAAUACCCCUCAAGCUGAAUGGCCCUCAGCAGAUGAAUUCACCACGAGCAGUAUUUCACCACUUGAUUUCAGCUCUGGUCCUCCUUCAGCCACUGGCAGGGAACUCUGGUCAGAAAGCCCUUUGGGUGAUUUAGUGUCUGCACCCAAAUUAGCCUUUCCCUCGAAGGUGAGCCUCAGUUCUUCCCCAGAGGUUUUAGAGGUUAGCAGCUUGACUCUUCAUUCUGUCACCCCAGCAGUGCUUCAGACUGGCUUGCCUGUGGCUUCUGAAGAAAGGACUUCUGGGUCUCACUCAUUAGAAGAUGGAUUAACUAAAGUUAAAGGGUCAGAAGAUUUUCUUUCUAUUGAUCCACUGCCUUCAAGCCCAUUUAGUCGUCCUGUGCCAAAAGAAAUAAUACCAUCCAUGGAAGACUCUGGGGUGUCUUUGACAUCCUCACCAUAUCCGGUCUCCUCUGUCACAUUCGAUAUUCUUGCUAAAGAAGUAACUACACCUCUUGGCAUGGACUCUUUGGCCUCCAAAGUCAAAGGCCAAUUAGAAGUGAGCACUUGGAUGCCAGACACAUCUAUGGAGAAAGAGUUCAUAUUUGAGAGUGGUUUAGGUUCAGGGUCUGGGCAAAAGGUAGGUCUGAUUACUUGGCCAUGGAGCAAGACUUCAUUAGAGAAGGGCACUGAACCAUUUUCCAAGUCAUGGCUUGAAGUUGAGGAUUCAGAGGAUUUACUUUUGCCAACUGAGUAUAUAGAUGAGAAACUAGUUAUAGAUGACAGAAUAGAUUCCAUAGAUCAAAGUACUGAGCAUUCAAAAUAUGGGCAUUUUGAUAGAUCCAGAAACUUUGCAGAGGAUGAGACCCUUGGUGGACCUACUGUGUCCAUCUUUGCAGAGACCACAACUCAAUCUGCAUCUCCAGUUCUAUCCAAGCACACAUCAGAAGUACCUGACAUUGACUAUUAUUCAAUUACCAAAUUACCUCCUCUACUGACAUCUGCAGCAAUCUCUGCUUCUACUGAUAAACCAAUUCAAGAAGAACCCUUUCUAAAGGAGGAUAUGGAACAAACUACAGGGUCAUCCAACCGUCAAUGGUUUGACAGCAAGAUUUCAGUAGUGAAGCCAGAUGUGCAAACUUUGUGGACCAUAUUGCCAGAAUCAGAUGUAGUUUGGGUAAGAACUUCUUCCCUAGGGAAACUGUCCAGAGACACAUUGGCAAGUACACCACAGAGUACUGACAAGCUCUGGUUGAAAGCUUCCAUGACACAGUCUACCAAAUUGCCUUCAACCACAAGUUCCACCCUGCUGGAAGAUGAAGUCAUUAUGGGCGUACAGGAUAUUUCAUUAGAAUUGGACCAGAUAGGCACAGAUUACUAUCAUCCUGAGCUAAUCCCAGAGGAAAAUGGCAAGGUUGGUGGUUAUGUGGAAAUGUCUACAAGUAUUCACUCCACAGAGAUGGCUAUUGUGGCUCAGCCAACAAAAAGAGAUGACUUGAGUCAUACCCAAGCCGCAGGAGCUUUGGUGGUUUUCUUCAGCCUCAGAGUGACUAACAUGAUGUUUUCAGAAGAUCUGUUUAAUAAAAACUCUUUGGAGUAUAAAGCCCUGGAGCAAAGAUUCUUAGAACUGCUGGUUCCCUAUCUCCAGUCAAAUCUCACUGGGUUCCAGAAUUUAGAAAUCCUGAACUUCAGAAAUGGCAGUAUUGUGGUGAACAGCCGAAUGAAGUUCGCCAAGUCUGUCCCUCCUAAUGUCACCAAUGCUGUAUACGUGAUUCUGGAAGACUUUUGCACCACUGCUUACCAAACCAUGAACUUGGCUAUUGAUAAAUACUCCCUCGAUGUGGAAUCAGGUGAUCAAGCCAACCCUUGCAAGUUUCAAGCAUGCAAUGAAUUUUCCGAGUGUUUGGUCAACCCCUGGAGUGGAGAAGCAGAGUGCAGAUGCUACCCUGGGUACCUGAGUGUGGAAGAACUGCCCUGUCAGAGUCUCUGUGACCUACAGCCUGACUUCUGCUUGAAUGAUGGAAAGUGUGACAUCAUGCCCGGGCAUGGGGCCAUUUGUAGGUGCCGGGUGGGUGAGAACUGGUGGUAUCGAGGUGAACACUGUGAGGAGUUCGUGUCCGAGCCCUUGGUGAUAGGCAUCACCAUCGCCUCCAUGGUUGGACUUGUCCUCAUUUCUUCUGCGUUCGUCUUCUUCAUCAUCAGGACUCUUCAAGCUCAAUAUGUUAGGAGAGAAAGAGAGAGACCCCUCAGCAGGCAGCCUGACAGCCUCUCAUCAGUGGAAAGAGCUGUAAAGCACAACCCCAUGUUUGAAAGUCACGGGGCUGAUCUCGAGCAGUACGAAGGACCCUACCCUCAGCGGCCCUUCUACAGCUCCACAGGCAGAGAGAUGAUUGCUGGUCUGAGCAGGGAAGAAAUCAGACAAAUGUAUGAGAACAGUGAGCUUUCCAGAGAGGAAAUUCAAGAAAGAAUGAGAAUUUUGGAACUGUAUGCCAGGGAUCCUGAGUUUGCAGCUUUUGUGAGAGAACAUCAAAUGGAAGAGCUGUAACCAAAACUCCUAUUUUGCAACUGAUUAGAAGCCUAGAGAAGAUGGAGAUCACUCAUUAUCUAUGUCAUAUAAUUAACUUGGAUUUGGAACUCUGUUGGAAGAAGAGUUUUCUAUCAAAAAAAUUAAAUUUGGGACACAUAUAUUUUUCUAGUUUAAAAUUUUAGAAUAUAGUAAGAGAUGUGAUGGUUUUUGUACCCACAAAGACCAAAAGCUGUAUUUAAAGAGAAUCAAAACUGUAUGGGGCUUCCCUGGUGGCACAGUGAUUAAGAAUCCACCUGUCAAUGCAGGGGACAUGGAUUCGAGUCCUGGUCCGGGAAGAUCCUACGUGCCGCGGAGCAAUGAAGCCCGUGCACCACAACUACUGAGCCUGCUCUCUAGAGCCCCGCAAGCCACAACUACUGAGCCCAUGUGUCACAACUCCUGAAGCCCGCGUGCCUAGAACCCGUGCUCCGCAACAAGAGAAGCCGCCGCAAUGAGAAGCCUGCGCACCGCAACAGAGUAGCCCUCGCUUGCUGCAACUAGAGAAAGCCCGCGUGCAGCAAUGAAGACCCAAUGCAGCCAAAAAUAAAUAAAUAAAAGAAAUAAAUUUAAAAGAAAAAAAAAAACUGUAUGAAUUCUGGAAAGUAUUCUAUAAGGAAAAAGCCGGGCCUGGGAGUUGGGGCUGCAUAUGCUGUCUGCUUCUGAGUCUCUAAGGGUGUCUCUUAAUAACUGCGCCUCAGGUUUCCCAGCAGGAAGAUAAGGUGAGACUCUUACAGGAGGAGGUAGGCUUAGUAGCUGAGUAUUUUGUAGCAUGUUUGUUAUUUUCAGGUGGAAUGAGAAGACUUUGAGAAGUAGUUUUAGCAUAGUUUAUGGUCAGACAUGCACCUAACUAAAAUAUUAAGGCUUUUUUGGAUCAAACUGCUGAAGAAAAAGCAACCUUUUUGCUGGAGGAUAGAUUUAGGCCUGCGCUUUGUGCUUCUACCAGAGUUUUAAAAUUUCCUGAGCCUAUUAAUCAAAACCACAUUAUUAUGUUAAUCAUGUUAAUAUCCUAUUUUUUUAGCUGUGAAGGACAACACAUAUGUAUAAAGUUUAGAGGGUUCUCCUUAGACUACAGAUGAAUUUAAUCAAGUGGACAGGGAAGGAGUGGGUGUUGGGUCAAGAGCACAGUGCUAAGAAUAUACUUUGCUGGUUGAUGGGUGGGCUGAGUCAGAACUAAUGGGUUCCCUGACUCUGCUGCUGAUACCUGACCAUGUCCUGGGCAAAUCUUGGCUCUCCUCUAGUUCCUGGUGUAUUAAUUUUGAAAAUAGCACUGAACUUCCUCAUGUAGUAUAGGUUAGCUUCUCCUUUGUGAAUACCUUGUGUCUAAAUUCACUCCUGCUUGUAUGAAACAUGGCAGGACUUUCAUUGCAAUUAAAAACUUUUUUUUUUCCUUUAUAGGUUGGAAAAGGCCACAUCUCAUAUAAAUUUUAACUGAAAAUGGAAGUUUUCCUCUUUCCUAGUACUUUUUGAAUGGUAGCUUUGGAGGGGGCACAGAGAGGGUAAAAUGACUAUCACUCCUAAUAUUAAGUCGUGUAUGCAAAUAGGUUAUUAUUGAUACAGGUGUUUUAUGUUAGAUAUCCUCAUGUUAGUCAAAGACAAUCUUAAACAUUUUGAUUUCUUUCUGAUCAGAUAUAACUAACCAGGGAGAGAUUGACCAUAAGCUAAAAUACUUGGUUCACUUUUUUUUUUCCUCAACUUGAUGACUGCCAAUUUCACUCAUUAUGAAGAUACCAGAAACUAAAUCUCUGGGAUGAAUACAUGCCACAGUAAAGCUAUUGAAAGGUAUUGAAGAUAUCCAGGUAUUUUGCAAAGUAUGUAUGGGUCACAGGUUUUGUGAGUGUGUGUUUGUAUAGGUAGGUAGUUCCCUUUUCCCAGGAUCCUCUUUCAUUCCCUGCUCAUAUAAUGGAUUCUCUAAAAGUUCAGCAUAGGUGCAAGCCACUGCUGGGGCAUUUUCUACUGGGCCCAUUUGAAAGGGAAUUGAUAAUUAUCUUUAAAGCGUCAUAAAUAUUAAUGACAUUUGUCACUACUUAAUGCUUAAUUUUAUUUGUAAAACUUCCUAAGAUUUCUGUUGAAGUUUCUGAACUUCUUUCCCUAAACUUAUUUGUGUUAGAUGAAAAAGAAAAUUUGUUUUUAUCAUAAAUUAACCCUAGAAGGCAACCUUUUGAAUGAAUGCUUGCUGGCAGAGUUCUAGAUUGACAUAAAGUGGAUAUGGAGCAGGUCACCACGUGGAACACUUAGGAGAAGCACAAACUGGGCUGAAGGAGGAUUGUUCUUUUCCAGAAGCCAAGCAGUGAAGUGGGAAUUUGAGAAUUCUGACACGUCUCUGUCUCUAAUUUCCGUUUGUAUGAACUUUUCAUGCAAGAGCAAAUCUCUUGGCUCUAUAUGCAUGUCUGCUCCACGUCUAUUAAAUGGAAGGAACUCCUGAACUCUCAGGGAGAGACCUGAGGGACUCAAUUCAGGAAUAAAGACUUUGGCCCAAUUUUGUUAUAACUGAACCAUAGUGAGAAACAGAGAAUGACAUUUCUAUGGUGAAGAUCCACGGAUGAACACAUUUAAAGGGCUAAAAGAGCUAUCAGUCUGACAGGACAAACUACCCCAAAAGAGCUUCUUUUUAUUUUAUUUAUUCAUUUAUUUGUUUGUUUGUUUGUUUAUUUACGGCUGCGUUGGGUCUUUGUUGCUGCACGUGGGCUUUCUCCAGUUGCGGCGAAUGGGGGCUACUCUUCAUUGCGGUGCGUGGGCUUCUCAUUGCGGUGGCUUCUCUUGUUGCGGAGCAUGGGCUCUAGGUGCGCGGGCUUCAGUAGUUGUUGCACAUGGGCUCCGUAGUUGUGGCUUGUGGGCUCUAGAGCGCAGGCUCAGUAGUUGUGGCACACGGGCUUAGUUGCUCCGCGGCAUGUGGGA